AUGCCAGUAUACAGUGAUGACGACUAUGAUGAUGACAACGGACCAAUGGAUUUCCAAGAUGAAGCUGAAUUCGAUGAUUAUUUGAACGAUGAAGAAUAUGACCUGAUUAAUGAUGUAUUGCCUACCGUCAAGAAAGAAAUGGCCGAUUAUCAAGGCUGGAAUAAUUUGAAUUUGAAAUUGGCUUUGUUUGAUCAUGAAUUCGAUACUCAAGCCGCCUUGAGUCAUUUAAAGAAGACAUUCAAGAAGAAAAAGGUUCUUAAGGAGGUUACCAAACCCGUAGCAACAACGACGAAUAAGAAGAACACAGCAAAGAAAAUAGAGAAAGAUAUUUCAAAGUUGAAUAUCCAAGAUAAGAAAGAUAGUGCUGCUAGUUUGGAUUGGCUAGAUGAAGAGGAUGAAGAAGAAGCCAGACCUAAGAAGACAAAUGAACCAGUAAUUAGAACAUAUAAGAAAGUAUCCGUACCAACGAAACCAAGAAAACCAGUCAAUGUUACAGAGUACUUGCCUACUGCUAAACCACAUUUAAGUUUCGUCGUGUUGGGUCACGUCGACGCUGGGAAAUCUACAUUGAUGGGUAGAUUACUUUAUGAUAUCGGUGCAGUUAACUCAAACCAAAUUAGGAAAUUAAAGAAGGAAAGUGAACAGAUAGGUAAAGGUUCUUUCCAUUUAGCAUGGGUCAUGGAUCAAACAACUGAAGAAAGGGAACGUGGUGUUACUGUUUCGAUUUGUACCAGUGAUUUUGAAACUGAAAAGGCGAACUUCACCAUUGUUGAUGCUCCUGGUCAUAGAGAUUUUGUACCUAACGCUAUCGCUGGUGUAUCACAGGCUGAUGUAGCUGUGUUAUCUAUUGAUUGUGGUACAGAUGCGUUUGAAUCUGGUUUCAAUCUGGAUGGUCAAACUAAAGAGCAUACCCUUUUAGCGAAAAGUAUGGACGUCAAUAACGUCAUUGUUGCAAUGAACAAGAUGGAUUCAGUAAACUGGUCACUGGGAAGAUAUUUGGAAAUUCAAGGUAAACUAAGUCACUAUUUUGAAGAGGUUGGGUUUAGCGAAGAUCAAAUUAAAUGGGUUCCAUGUAGUGGAUUCUCUGGGGAAGGUGUUUAUAAGAUCCCAUAUCCAAAGGAACAAUAUUGGUACACUGGUGAAUCGUUGGUUCAGACAUUGGAAGAUGUCGCCAUUGAAAUUUCCAAAGAAUCAGUUAAGGAAGUUGUUGGAUUCCCAUUUCUAUUUUCUAUUUUGGAAGUGAUUCCUUCGAAGAAAAACGAAGAAGCUAUCAUUACAGGUAAACUUGGCUCUGGUUCCAUUCAACCUGGUGAAACGAUAACGUUAUAUCCAUCAGAACAGAGUGUUGUUGUAGAUAAAAUAUUAAUGGGUAAAGAACAAAAUCAAGUUCCAAUUGCUAUCAAAGGGGACUUUGUCACGUUGAAGUUACGUCAUGCACAUCCAGAAGAUAUCCAAGGUGGUGAUUUAGGUGCAUCUGUAGAUUAUAAUGUAUCCGCAUCCCAGAAGUUUACAUUACAAGUAUUAACUUUCAAGAUGGACAGACCAUUAUUACCAGGUACAUCUUUCAUGUUAUUCAGAGGAGUUUGUGAGCAGCCUGCUAGAGUAAGUAAAUUAGUUUCAACAGUUGAUAAACGUGAUCCAAGCAAAAUAAUAAAGAAGAAGAUUAGACAUUUAUCAUCGAACCAAGCUGCUAUUAUCGAAGUGGAAUUAACUGAAAGAAGGAGAUGGAUUCCUAUGUUAACAUUUAAUGAAAACAAACAUUUAGGUAGAGUUGUCCUAAGAAAAGAUGGGAGAACUAUUGCUGCUGGGGCUGUCCUCCAAAACAACUAG